AGGGUCGGCGCGGCGUGCGCGGCGUGCGGCGCGCUGCGUCCUCCGGCCCGGCGGCCAUGCCCAAGCGGGGCUGCCCCUUCGCGGAUGCAGCCCCGCUGCAGCUCAAAGUCCGCGUGGGCCUGAAGGAGCUCAGCCGGGGCGUGUGUGCCGAGCGGUACUCGCGGGAGAUCUUCGAGAAGACCAAGCAGCUCCUUUUCCAUGGGGCCCAGGCCUGCAGAGACCAUGUGUGGGGUGAAAGCUGUGCCAUUGUCAACCUGCCAGAGUCCCCAAAGCCUGGCCCCACGGAGACGCCUCGCGCCGCAAGGGGCCAGAUGCUGAUUGGACCCGAUGGCCGACUGAUCAGGAGCUGCGCCCAGGCCUCCAAAGCUGACUUGUCUGGGGCAGCAUCCCGCACCUGCUCAUCGUGUGUGCGAGCUGUGGAUGGGAAGGUGGUCUGCAGCCAGUGUGAGCGGGCCCUGUGUGGGCAGUGUGUGCGCACCUGCUGGGGCUGCGGCACCGUGGCCUGUGCCCUGUGUGGGCUUGUGGACUGCAGCGAUGUGUGUGAGAAGGUGCUGUGUAACAGCUGUGCCAUGUUCGAAGCCUGAGGCCACAUGUCCACGAGGAGCUUGUAUAUGUGUGUUUUGUACUUUGAUGACAGAAGUGAAUAAAGCCCUUUAUAUUUGCA